GCGACGCAGUUCUUGACAUAAUUGGCACGACUAGGCUAUAUAUAUAUAGUACUGUAUAUGCAUACAGAACUUGCCAUGCGCAGCAUUUCUCCUUUCCAGCCAUCCUUAUUUGUCAUUGACCCAUGUAUAGAGAGUUGCAACACAGAUAAUCGCAUUUGAAGCUUGCUGAUUGUGUUUGUCACAGCAAGAGACCUUCACAUGACUCGAAUCCAUUCGCUCUUACAGGUCUGAUCUUUCUUCACCUCUGAAAACUGUCUCCAUCUAGCGGCUUCCCCCCCUGCACAUCUAUCAGUGCUGAAUGUGUGAAUCAAUAACCUGAGACGUGAAAAUAUCUGCAACGUCUCUCAGCUCAGGGUUCAGCACUUAACCGAAUUCCAGCGAAACUUUGAUUAAUGAUAAUUCAGAUAAAGCCUGUGAAUAACUUUACACAGUGCUCUGCAUAGAAAUGUUCGUUUCAUUUAUAACAGAAUGAAAUACUACUAACAUUUAACCGUAACACUUCUUAAGGUACAAUAUGCACCGUUCACACAGACUGUGUUACAUUCAUAUGUGUUAACCGAUGCCCGUAGCACGUGACACGCCUCUACUGCGCCGUGAGCAGAGGCAACUUGGGCUCCACCGCAGACUCACAGAUCUCCGUCGGUAGCGGAUGAAGCAACUUCCAGCGAAUCAUUUGUUGCGGGUUCACUUUUUGUUCGGGUUAUAAACAGACCCUGCGAAGCGGUUCUCGGCUCGUUGGAUUACAGUUAAAAGAAGCGGAUAGGAAAGUGGCAUUUUCUGCUUUUGAAACGCCGAACGCGCUCUCGGCAGGGUGGUCUCCUCUUCCUAUGAAACGACCACUGUGGCAGGUUUCUCCAAGAGCGUUAGUGUCACACACACAAGCUGUGGAGGAUAAAAAGGAUGUCCUUGGACAACGUGAAUCCUCUACCUGACUUCUAAACUUGUUGCAUUUGCUCUAGAACACCUCCGAGUGCGCGUUUCGGAUACUUAUUUGUGCGUAACGGCGGAACAGCGAUUCAAAGUGGACUAUAACUGAUGAGCUGUGUGUAAAAAACAGCACUUUUGCAUCAAAAUCCAUUUAUGAGGAGAUGUCCUUUCCGCGCGGGGCGGAUUUGUGAGCGCAAAACCUGCUUCAGUCGCACCGGGUCGCGCACAUUGGGUCAGCAUGGCAGCCGGAGUCGCCGCGUGGCUACCGUUCGCACGCGCCGCGGCCAUAGGAUGGAUGCCCGUGGCGAGCGCGCCGAUGCCGCCGCCUCCACGGGACAAGAGGCGAGGUCAGGACGGCCUGAUCAUCUUGAACGUCAGCGGCACUAGGUUUCAAACUUGGCGGAAUACUUUGGAGAGGUACCCCGACACCUUACUGGGAAGCACAGAGCGCGACUUCUUCUUCCACGAGGAGACCAACGAGUACUUUUUCGACCGCGACCCGGACAUUUUCAGGCACAUCCUCAACUUCUACCGAACCGGGAAGCUGCACUACCCUCGCCACGAGUGCAUAUCCGCCUAUGACGAGGAGCUGGCCUUCUUCGGCAUCAUUCCUGAGAUAAUAGGAGACUGCUGUUAUGAGGAGUACAAAGAUCGCAGGAGGGAGAACGCGGAGAGGAUUCAAGACGAUGAGGAGAACGACAACAACAACGAUAUGGUGCUGCCGGAUAUGUCGUUCCGCGAGUCCAUGUGGCGUGCGUUUGAGAACCCGCACACCAGUACCAUGGCACUGGUGUUUUAUUAUGUCACGGGCUUUUUCAUCGCCGUCUCCGUGAUGGCCAACGUGGUGGAGACGGUGCCGUGCGGCGGCGGGCCGACCCGGGCGAAGGAGACCUCGUGCGGGGAGCGCUACGCCCUUGCGUUCUUCUGCUUGGAUACGGCCUGCGUCAUGAUCUUCACCGUCGAGUACCUGCUGCGUCUGAUCGCCGCGCCCAGCAGGUACAAGUUCGUCAAAAGCGUCAUGAGCAUCAUUGACGUGGUGGCCAUCAUGCCUUACUACAUCGGCCUGGUCAUGACGGACAACGAGGACGUGAGCGGGGCCUUCGUCACCCUCAGGGUCUUCAGGGUCUUUCGGAUUUUCAAAUUUUCGCGGCACUCCGCGGGACUGCGUAUCCUGGGGUACACGCUCAAGAGCUGCGCCUCCGAGCUGGGCUUCCUGCUCUUCUCGCUCACCAUGGCCAUCAUCAUCUUCGCCACCGUCAUGUUCUACGCAGAGAAGGGCUCAUCCGCCAGCAAGUUCACCAGCAUACCGGCGGCUUUCUGGUACACCAUCGUCACCAUGACAACGCUGGGAUAUGGAGAUAUGGUUCCUAAGACCAUCAUGGGGAAGAUCUUCGGCUCUAUUUGUUCUCUGAGCGGCGUGUUGGUGAUCUCUCUUCCUGUUCCCGUCAUUGUGUCCAACUUCAGUCGGAUCUACCAUCAGAGUCAGCGUGCGGAGAAGCGACGUGCCCAAAAGAAAACCAGGCUUGCUAGAAUUCGUGCGGCGAAGAGCGGUGGCGCUAACGCUUAUUUGCAGUACAAACGCAAUGGGAUGCUGGCGGACGCGGAGGAGGAGGCAUCAAAAGAGGCCGGCCAGGCAUUGGUAUGUAAGUCCAACCCCACUUUUGAGACCCAGCAUCAUCAUCUUCUGCACUGCUUGGAGAAAACCACGAAUCAUGAGUUUGUAGAUGAGCAAACUUAUGAGACAAGCUGUAUGGAGGUUUCCCUAGCGAAACCAUCCAUGUCUCGUUCCUCCUCGCUGUCCUCCUCUCCGCACGGCCUGUCCUCCUGCUGCUCGCGCCGAAACAAGCGCAAGAGCUUCAACAUCCCCAAUUCCAACAUGGCUGCUGGCCGCAGGGGCAGCAUACAGGAGCUCAGCACCAUCCAGAUCAGAGAGAGACCGCUGAGCAACAGCCGCUCCAGUCUCAAUGCCAAGUUUGAGGAGACAGUACCCCUGAAUUCGGAAGAGCAGUCCUACAUCACUGCCGCUGUCAUCAGCAUGCCCACCCCGCCUGUGACCACGCCCGAGGGCGGAGACUCGGCCAGCUCGCCCGACUUCUUGCAAAGCAACAUUGUCAGGGUGUCGGCGUUAUAGACCGUCCGCCGUGACCAUUAGCCGUUUGAUUUAGCGAGUGGACGCUGGAGCGGAAAGGAUCGACGGAGCCCCCUAGUGUAGUGGAGGAGGCAUUGCAGCAGGAUGGGCUGUAGCUGGACCUUUUUUUUAAUCGGCUCCUGCCCUGAGCUCCAUCAGCUCCACCUCUAGGCCCAUACUUCAUGUGACUCACGCCGGGGUCCGAUAGGCUUUCACUCAACCCAUAGAGGAAAACAAUGACCAUUGUGGUUGUUACAGCUUCUAUAAUUUUUCAGUAUUGUGAGUCUUUGAAUCUGUUGUCUUCGAUUUGAUGGGAUCGCCACAUUUUGGGACGAAUAAGGAGUGUACCAGCAGGGGCGGGAUUUUACAAGCUUUUAGACAGCUAUACACACACUUUUGAUACUACUAAGUAAAGCUGGGCUCUACUAGGGUGUGCGGUCGGAUGCUUUUGCGUGCGUGUGUGUGAUCGAGACCGAUCUCUUGCAUGUUUUGCGUAAGUCUUUGUCCUUUUUCAAUUCGGCAUGAGCAAUAAGGAUUGGCUCUUUCUGUCAGAAUGUGUGCUUUUUACUUUCGCCUAGUUAUAUAGUAUUGAUCUUUCCAACCUAAUGAGUGUGUGAAAACAGCUGUUUUGAGAGAAUGGGCUGAUAAAUGGAGAAAAUCCUGUCUCACACUCUCUCUGUCCCACCCAUGUUGCGUUCACUCCUUGCCUGGCCUGAUGAGAUGUCUGUUAUUCCUCUUCUUUUCUUUUUUUUUAGUGGCAAAAAGCAAAACGAAAAAGGAAACGCCUUUUGUGUUUCACUAUAUUUGACUUUCUCAAACUUGACAGUGGAGGCUUAUGAACUGGAGCUCUAAUACUAGCCAUUCCGUUUUAUACUCCAAAGUUUGCGAGUUAACUGUGAAAAGAAAAAUAACGUGCUUAUUUAUUAUCUUCGUUAAAAUUAUUGUGCAUGUUGUCGUACACAUGGUGAAACGGGCCAGCGUGGACCAGAGAAUAGAGCUUUUUUUCGAGUUCUAACUUUUUCUUCCCUCCCUUUAAAGAUGUGCUUUUAUCAGAAAACAUUAUUAAGCCUGUUUAUUAUUUCUAGAUAAUAGCAUCAAGUUGUAUGACAUGUUGAGAAUCAUCCAAUCAGAUUCUUAGUACUGUUUUGGAGAUUAUUAUAUCUUAUUAUUAUGAUCAGCCGGAUCUCUCAAAAUCUCAUUCAGGUUUGUUUCACUCCAAAAUCAAAAGAGAAUUAAAUUAUGUUUGGCAUAAAAUUGCUUUAAAAUAACAUUAAAAACAUUUUAAUGAUAAUUAAGCACACGCAAAUUCUCAUUACCGUUUUAGUUUUUUGUAAUUCCCAUUCUCAAUGGUGAUUUUCAUUACUGUAAUACAGUAUUUUUUAAAGGCAAAUGUAUAAUGCUUCAUAAUGAUUGUAAAAAUACUUCAGAUGUGUAAAUUAUGCCAUUACAGUAAUGAAAAUUGUAUUGUAUUUGGGGAGUUCUCGUGCUUAAUUGUCAUGAAAAUAAUGCACAAAAUCUGUUUAGACUUUAUGUAAGCAAAAUAUAAUUUCUUUUGAUUUUGGGUAAAAGUAUGUCUCUGAGAUUUAUCCAAAAUGUCGUCUUAUAAAUCAAAUAGUGUUAAAAAGAUGUCUGCAGCUGAAAGAUGAAUUCUCUCCUCUCUGCCAUUUAAUGUCUGAAAUUAGCAAGAAAAUAGUCUAUAAUGUUGAUAUUUUUUAUACUGAUGUCAGUGCAAUUUGUGGUGAGGAGCUCUUAAUGCGCCUUGCUCAAUACACACACACACACACACACACCACUGCCCUCCUGCUCAAUGCCUGCACCCAUUUUUGCUUUACCAUGUGACUUAUGCAACAAGAUUCUUUUUGUAAAGAUAUGCUUUGUAUUAAAAGGGUUAUACCGGGGGAAUAGAAUCUCACAAAUGCAUAUUUUUAAAAUGGUGUUGAUUAUAUAUUAUAAAUGUAUUUCAGUUGUAAAAUACGAAAAAAGAAAAGAUGAAAACAGAAAACUAUGAGAGAGUGUUGCUAGUGCACCUGUGCUGUAAAUUUGUUCUUCGAUGUAGUGAAAUUUAUUACACUUUCUUCUUUUCUCCUAAUUUCAGUGGACGGAAAAAUUCAUGUCUCACUUUUUACUUUCUAAAUCAAUGACCGCAAAGGCUGGACCAUCUGUUUAGGUUUGGAGAUUUAGUUCCUUUUUUUAUUAUUAUUAUUAUUUUUUCCUGUUUGGAGGACAGGAUUGGCAGAGUGCAUGCGCUCACAGACUCACAGAGAACAUGUGUGGGGUUUUUGUUUUCGUUUUUUUCAGGAUCCACGAGGGACUUUCAAAACAGACUUCCUGUUUGUGAUAUAAUGUACAUUUAAACGACUACCAGGUGACGAUGGUCCUUUGGAAUUUGUUACAGCUUGUGUUAUGGACAUUAAAAUAUAUGAAUUAAUGAAAAACAAUGAAAAAAAAAAAAAAUACAAACCAGUUGUUUAGUCCGGUGCAGUGUCUAUGAAUAAAUAGAAUUAAUUCAUUGUCCUAUUAAAAUACAGAU